AUGUUCAACGCCCUCAAUCGCUUCAUAUCAAGGCUGGACGGUGAUGCGCCGGCGCACCAACAUAGCCGCGGCGGCGAGUACGGAUUCCAGGUCCUGCGCAACACAAACCUCGAGCUCCUUAUUGAGCCGUGGUACGACUUCAUAGUCGGGAUCAACGGGCGCGCUCUCGACAACCCGAGCCCCAAUCUCUUCUCGCAAGAGGUGCGCAACUGCGCUGGCGGGACUGUAACACUCGGUUUAUGGAACGCAAAGGGCCAAAGGACACGGGAAAUGCAUAUUGCCGUCCCCCACGAUACCGCAUCUCUCGGUCUCUCCCUCCAGUGGACUCCCAUCUCUAUAGCCGCCAACAUUUGGCACGUCCUCGACGUUGCCGGAAACUCUCCCGCGGACCAGGCUGGGCUCCUUCCCUACAGCGACUACAUUCUCGGCAGCCCCGAAGGCAUUCUCCACGGUGAAAGCGGCCUGAGCGAGCUUGUCGAAGACCACAUUGCCCGGCCGCUGCGUCUUUACGUCUACAACAACGAAUACGAUGUAACAAGGGAGGUGACGAUCCAGCCCAGCAGGGAUUGGGGUGGUGAGGGAGCCCUCGGAUGUGUCCUCGGCUACGGAGCCCUUCACAGAUUGCCUGCACCCCUCAGCGAGCCCGUCUCCGCCCCCGGCACAACCAUGUUUGACGGGGAUACUCCACCCGCCAAUUCAUCUUUCGUGCCUGCGUUUGCUCCCGCGCCACCCUCUUCGGCCCCUCCUCCGGCUGGAGGCAACUUCCUCGUUCCUGCCGACAUCACUAGCGGGCCCCCACGGGUGGCCUCCGCGAGGCAAGAAGAAGGAGAAGCAUGGCCACCGCCUACCGAUCAACCUAAUGGACGACUACUUGAAAGAAGAAGAGCAGAAGAGCAGGGAGCUAGACAGACCGAGUGGCCGGUCCACGCCUCUCAACAGCCUCCCUCCUCCUCCAAAGGGUGGGCCGCCACGGGCGGAUGCGAAGCCCGCGAGUCCAGAGGCGGAGAGCACUUCGUAGAAGAUGCGGGGAAGGCGUACUCGGUUUAUCUCUAG